AUGCAGAAGAUCCAGAAUCAGAACAGCCCGCCUUUACCUUCGCCCACGGAGACCGUCUCGCCCAUCGCCGUGCCCCAUCCGCACCAGCUGCUGCAGCCGUCCUUGUCAUCGUCGUUGUACAGCGGUCCCCAGAGCCAUGACCUGUCAGGGACCAAACGGCUGGAUGGGAUAACAUCGGAGAAGGGUGGUGUCGUGCAGCCAGGCCAAACGCCUCGUUUGUCGCGUGGGGAUUCUGCAGAACAAGUGCUCGGUCUAACUCCCAUCACCGAGGACGCCCGCGCAGGGUCGGAACGCCAGGAAGACCAGGGACGAAGCUCGCAGACCCUCCAGGAGCUGCGAAGGCAGAUGGAGGAACUGCUUGUGUACCAGCAGAUGCAGCAGAAUCAGCACCUCCCGGUGCAGGCUGAGCCCGUGCCCGGUCAGUCGGCCGACAAAAAGCGGCGUCUAUCAAAUGGUUCAGCCGCCUUUCGAACCCCGCCGGCGAUUAAUUCUGGUUCAACGGGCUCAGAAGGAACGAUCAAACCAGCGGACCCGGCCAAUUCCUUCGAUCCUGUUGGACAACCAAUGUCUUAUCCUUUUCCACAAGUGCAGUCUCAUGCAAGCCCUGAGCCCUCCACACGCCCAAGUCAAUUUAGAUUGAAACUUCCAUCCGAAAAGUUAAAGUCCGCCGUGUCUCUGCCCGAGUCCGGGGCCGAGCAUCACGCCGCGGCGACAAAGCCCGCUGAUCUGCAACCGUUAUUUCUGCCGCCACAGUACAAGAACAUUCCCGACGACGCAGCCUUUUCCAGUCCCAAUCUCUAUGAUCUGACCUUGAAGUUGAAUACGGAUCCGGGACUUGAAGCAUGGUGGUCCAAUCUGGUCGACAUCUUCCAAAGUAGCUAUGGCGCUGAGCGUGUGUCACUAGCUGUCCCAGGAGAUGCAACAGAUCUGGAGAAUAUGCCAUGGGGUCAAAAGGCGCUUUUCAACCAGAAUCGUCCUUUCAUGCAAGAUGUCCAAGCUCGUCCUCCAAGGGAUAAUGCGUCAUCGGACGUGCAAACUACACCGAAGAAUAAUGAUGCAAUGGGGCAGAAGAAACGGGACACCAGAUCAGUUUCGCAUACCAAAGCUUUCGGACCAGCUUCUUCCGUUACUCGGCCAUCCCUAUUGUCACGGCACUCCUUCGCAGGUUUCGAUAAGAAUAAGCCACAAGCCUCGGUACCUGAGCUCGGACCGCCAGAGAAUUGCUCAAAGGCCAAUACAGCCAGGCCGGAGAAGAAACAAGCUCAUGAUUCUAGUGAGCCUGUAGGAACAGCGCCUCUGCCCAAUCGAAAGCCAAUGACAAACCCAGAACUGCACCUUACAAUCAACAACUCCAACCCGCGCCACGCUGUUUUCCCAGUUGCCAGACCGUUGGAGGUUGAGCCAGAUCCUCUAAUCAAGCGGGCAGGUGUCGUGAAACUCUUCGGUCGCACCAGUCCUGUUAUCCUCACCCGCCAGUAUUCCGAAGAUUACCUGUCACGUCGUCGAGAUCAUGGAAGCCCGCAGGAGCAUGUCCAGGUCACGCCCAAUGCUGAGGGUCCAGAUGAGGUUCCGGGGCAUGCUGGAACGGCAGCUACUGACCGACAAAAUCUUGCUUCAACCUUGAACAUCACUGCUUUGCAGCCGUAUGACGAGUACGAGCAAGCUCCACAAUCCCCAUGGUCCCAAUCUCCUGCCCCGUCACCAGCUCCUCGCGCAAACCCCGAUCAGAAUCCCUUUUUCAACAGAAGCCAUACAGUCGACGAGGAGGCUUUCUCGAAGAACCCACCCCCCCAUGAUUAUUCUAAUAACUUUCCAUUGGAGGCGAUCGGGGUCGAUGAGGCGAGGACUGUGAUUCAUAUUCCACUUCUUCAUGGUGGUCGUUCCAACCAUGGAUCUCCGUUGGCAUUGAGAUUCCCUGUUGCCGUCAUAUCCCUCUUGACGCCGAUCGUGCCCUACCCGCCCAAUCUUCGGCGGUCCCUGGAGUACCUCAUGCCGCACCUAACGACUUCAUUUUGUUUGGCCCAACAGUACAGUCAGCUCGAACGCCAGAUGGCCUCUAGAGCAGAUACUUCCCGGUAUGGACAUCUGCUGGGCCUUGGUGGGACCUUCUCCGAUGCUAGCAGUGAGCUGGAGCUUGUGGCAGGUCUGAGCGGACAUGUCACCCAUUCUGUCGCCAGCGAAACUCCCCUCUCCGCCCGUGUAAGCGUUGCAAGCCCUAGCGAUAACUCAUCCACCAAAUUCAGCCCUACCAUAUCCAGCUUCGGAACUCCUGGGUUUGAACUCGGUCAAAUUGGCUUCGGGUCAGCGGGCCCUUCCGUCGAUUCUCCCGGAGUGGCCUCGCGAACUGGUGCUGAAGCUGGAGACAGUUAUUUCAAUGUGCCGCAAGCACGAGGCUCUCGCGAGAACAUCGCACACCAUCGGCGCCAGCUGUCAAAGUCAAAGAUAAACAUCGUGUCAUCGACGCCCACGUCUCCUGGCAGGCUGCUUGGGAAAGUGUACGUCGGUGAUGAGAGUAAUCUACAGGAUCAAACCCCCGUUGUGGCACCAUCGUUGCAAGAAAUCAAACAAUUACCUGUGGUUUCUCCGAGUCAGCAGUCAUCACGUCAAGCAUCAACCAACUCCUUGUACACCCAGCUGCAGCGGGAGCUGUCCCGUCCAUUUUCUGACACCAUCGCCCAACUGAUGCUCAAUUCCAUUCCGCUUCAUCUCUUUCUAGCUAAGCCACAUACCGGCGAGGUAGUUUGGACGAAUGCCAAGUUUGACGCUUACCGGAGAAGUCAACCUCAGGAGCAGAAAUUGAGGGACCCUUGGCAGAACAUUCAUAGCAGUGAGCGGGACCAUGUCUCCAAUGAAUGGGUCAAUGCUUUGCGCACAGGCUCGCAGUUUACUGAACGAGUACGUGUUAGGCGGUUCAACGAUGAAUCGGCGUACCGUUGGUUUAUUUUCAGAGCAAACCCACUGCUGUCGUCAACUGGUGAGGUGCUUUAUUGGAUCGGGUCUUUCCUUGACAUCCACGAACAGCACAUUGCGGAAUUGAAGGCAGCACAAGAGAAAGAAAAGUUUGCCAUCGAUGCAAAGUAUCGUGCAUUCUCGAAUUCAAUCCCGCAGGUCGUCUUUGAAGCGACUGAAAAUCGCGGGCUGAUAUUCGUCAACGAGCAGUGGAAUCUGUAUACAGGUCAAAAUCUGGAGGAAGCCUUGGAUCUGGGAUUCGCUUUACAUGUCCAUCCUGACGACCUCGAAAAAUGCGGUGGACUGUCUUUCAAGGCGAAACAGGAUCAACCCGGAUCCACCGAUUUCGCGGAGUCGAUCAAGGCCACUGUCGACAGUGCGCGGUUGGCACCGUCUGUGGAUCGUAGUAGCAUCACUUCUGCGCUUGAUGAUCUUGUGAAACGCGGCGUCGCUUCCGUGCAGAAAGACGAAAGCGGCCGUGUCUUCUACUCUACAGAGAUUCGUCUUCGUUCGAGAGGAGGUGACUUCAGAUGGCACCUGGUCCGUCUGGUGCGCGUUGAAACCAGCAGUUUCGGAAGCGGAGAAGCCUCCUGGUACGGCACAUGCACUGACAUCAACGACCGAAAGAACCUUGAGCGUGAACUCAAUAAGACCAUGCUUCAGCUGAACAGUCAAAUGGAGUCCAAGACCAAAUUCUUCAGCAAUAUGUCUCACGAGAUUCGGACACCGCUAAAUGGGAUUCUUGGCACCAUUCCAUUCAUUCUCGAUACACAGCUCGACAGUGAUCAGAGGCGAAUGCUUGAUACAAUCCAAAACAGCUCCACGAAUCUGCGUGAACUGGUUGAUAACAUCUUGGACGUCUCUCGGGUCGAAGCAGGCAAAAUGGCCAUGGUCAAUUCUUGGUUCCACGUUCGGUCGAUGAUCGAGGAUGUGAUUGACACCAUUGGUUCGCGUGCUAUCGACAAAUGUCUCGAGCUAAACUAUCUGAUGAGCCCUGAUGUGCCAUCAAUGGUGAUCGGGGAUCGGUUCCGAAUCCGCCAAGUGCUGAUCAAUCUUGUCGGCAAUGCAGUCAAAUUCACCUCUCAGGGCGAAAUCCAUAUUUGCUGCAGCCUCCAUCACGAACCCUCUGCUAAAGUCAAAGAUACGGAAAUCUUUUUGAGCUUUGAUGUCGUGGACACGGGCACAGGCUUCAGCUCUGAGGAUGCGGAGCGCCUCAUGCAGCAAUUCAGCCAGUUGGGGGAAAAGGGUUCACAGCAGCAGCACGCAGGCAGUGGUCUUGGGUUGUUUCUAUCCAAGCAGCUUGUCGAGAUGCACGGUGGCAAACUCAUACCCAGCAGCAAAGAGGGCCAAGGGGCGAAAUUUUCCUUCCAUGUCAAAGUUGACGCGCCCCCUCCUCCGUCACCUGCUGAGCAGCCCUCGUUACUCCGUCAAAAUUCAUCCGCAUCCAGCAGAAGAAGACCAAGGCUGUCUCGACCAACUUCUUACCAAACUCCCCGGCUAUCACGUCGAGCCUCUGAUGCCAAAUCUGCGGAUAGGGGCGACUCAUCGCCUGGGCCGAACUUCAGGGUUGUCGAUGGAGCCAUGUCAGCAGGGAGUCUUGACCCACCCUCUGCCACAUCAUCUGCUCUUCCGACCCCAGAUAUCAGGACUGUGAAUAUGUCAUCUGGAUUCGGCCAAUCAGGUCCUACAUCUAAUUCGUCGACCGUCGAUCAUGAGACGCAAACGAGUAUAAGCGCAGCACCUAAUCCCGCAGAAUUGACGCCUCCAAUUCGUUUGACUCCUCCGCCGUCGAGUAUGUCUGUGCCCCCAGGGAGGCCUUCGCCGGAUCUUCCCUCUGUUGUUCCGAUUGAGGGCCCCUUCUCAAUUGUCAUCCUGUGCCCGCUGGACAACACCCGCCAAGCCACCAAGCAGCAUAUUGAGCAGGUUGUCCCACCAGAAAUUGACUUUACGAUUACGACACUGCCCGAUAUUGAUGAGUGGAAGGAUAUGAUGCAGUCAGGUUCCAACUCAAAAUGCACGCAUCUGGUCCUCAACUUGCCCGCCGCGGAUGACUUUCUGGAUGUCAUACAAUACGUGUCAGAGUUUGAGCCGAACUCUGCUCCCGUAGUUGUCAUUAUUUCUGACUUGUACCAGAAACGCCAAAUCAGCACACGGGUGAAGGAGCUGGCAGCGACAGGUAAAAAGGUGUUCAUUGUACCCAAGCCUGUCAAGCCGUUCUCUUUCUCAACCAUCUUCGACCCAAGCAGCAAGCGCGAACUGAGCAAGGACCGCAACCAGGACAUGGCGCGUGAGAUCAAUGACAAUUUCAAGUCCAUGUCCAAAUUGGUCAAAGAGGUGCUUGGUAACAAAGGCUACCGCAUUUUGCUGGUGGAAGAUGAUGAGACCAAUCGUGAUGUCAUGCUCAAAUACCUGGACAAAGUCAAGCUCAUGUCCGAGACCGCAUGCAAUGGGCAGGAGUGCACAAACAUGGUCUUCUCUAAGGAGCCCGGCUACUAUUCUCUGAUCAUCUGCGACAUCCAAAUGCCGAUCAAGAACGGAUACGACACGUGCCGGGAUAUCCGUGCAUGGGAGCAAAAGAACCAUUAUCCUCAGAUCCCGAUCAUGGCCCUCUCUGCCAACGCAAUGAACGAUCAGAUCGAAGACGCGGCCCGCGCUGGCUUCAAUGACUACGUCACGAAGCCUAUCAAGCACAACGAGCUGGGCAAGUUGAUGAUCGGGCUUCUGGACCCCGCACGUCCUCUUCUGCUUCUUCGGGAUCGCCUCAAUUCGCCCAACGCUGAAGCUCAACCCGCUCGGCGGUGA